AUGGAAUUGUUGUUGGGAUCUUCUGAAGAAUGUUUUUCCAAACUUCCUAUCUAUUUUCACAAUUUGAAGAGGCAUAAUCUCGGUACAGUGGCCUAUAUACAAACAGAUUCUGAAGAUUGUUUCGAGUGUUGUUUUUAUGCCAUUGGGAGCACGAUACGAGCGUUCAAACGUUUUUGUCGUAAAGUUAUAAUUAUGGAUGGUGCGCAUUUGAAGGGUGAUUUUAAGGGAACCAUAUUACAUGCAAUAGCUAUGGAUGAGAACAACCAGAUAGUGCCCUUUGCGCACGGAAUAUGCAAAAAAGAGAGUGGUCUUACUUGGACAUGGUCUCUUGAAAAGUUGUAUGAAUGUGUUGGUGAUUAUCAAAAAUUGACUUUUGUAACUGAUCGGGCCGAUGCAAUUCGGGUUAGUAUUGAAAAUGUCUUCCCUCAAGGUCAUCAUGGCGUGUGUGCUUUUCAUCUACUAGGAAACAUAGUACACAAGUUUGGGAAAAAUAACAAAACAUUUAGUUCUACUAUGCCGCAAGUAGCGGCGUAUCUAAGUGAAAUUUCGCGUGCUAAAUGGACUACAACAUAUUCCCCGUCGAAACGGUAUGAUUACAUGACCUCCAACAAUGCAGAGUCUAUGAACGCUUUAUCUGUAGAUGCAAGGAAAAUGCCUAUAAUACCCUUUCUUGAGUUCUUCCGUCGUCUUUCUCAGGAAUGGUGUAACAAGCGUCGCAUCGAUGGAGGGAAACGUUCAACAGUGCUAACCGAGUGGGCUGAAAAAGUAGUUAGUAAAAAUGAAGAGCAUACGAUAGGAUGGUCUAUUUCUGGUGUUUCAGAUGCAAUAUAUCAAGUGCAUGAUUUCAAACAUGGUGGCAUAGUUGAUCUGAGGCAUGAGACUUGUACAUUUAAAUAUUGGGAAGGAACUGGGUUGCCUUGUGGUCAUGUCAUAAUGGUCUUAAAGCACUUGAAAAAAAGUAACUUCGGACAUUUGGCUAUAGAUGCUUACAAAAUGGAAACGUACCAGAGUACGUAUGAGGAGUCGGUUUACUUCCUUCCAGAACCGUGUGAUUGGGUGAUUCCUUUUGAGAUGAUGGUUGUUAAACCCCCGAUAAUGGACACACGUCAAGCUGGUAUACCAAGAAACAGAAAUCGUAAGUAA